GAGCUUCUUUUUUGUUGUUGCUGGGCUUCCCAAAGGUCACUGGACAUUUGUGUUUAACAGUUCCCUCCAGCUUUAACCGUUUACUCAUAUUUUUACUCUUUGGAAUCCUUUUGAGUUUUGGUGUGUACUGGAAACCUUUUUGUAACGUCACAAUGGCUCGAAUGAACCGACCAGCCCCCGUUGAGAUCACCUACAAAAACAUGAGGUUCCUCAUUACCCACAAUCCCACCAACGCCACCCUGAACAAGUUCAUUGAGGAACUGAAGAAAUAUGGCGUCACCACCGUGGUGAGAGUCUGUGAGGCCACCUAUGAUGCUGCUCUGGUGGUGAAAGAGGGCAUCCAGGUUCUGGAUUGGCCGUUUGAUGACGGAGCUCCUCCUCCUAAUCAGAUUGUGGACGACUGGCUGAACCUACUGAAGCUGAAGUUCAGAGAGGAGCCUGGCUGCUGCGUUGCUGUCCACUGUGUGGCAGGACUGGGAAGAGCUCCUGUCCUGGUGGCGCUCGCUUUGAUAGAAUGUGGGAUGAAGUACGAAGAUGCUGUCCAGUUCAUUCGACAGAAGCGUCGAGGAGCUUUCAAUAGCAAGCAGCUGUUCUACCUGGAGAAAUAUCGUCCAAAGAUGCGCCUGCGCCAUCGCAAUAACUGCUGCAUCCAGUAGAGCCAAACUGAGCCACGCCAGCCCGGCCCCAUCCCCUAACCCAUCAGUCCUGAAGAGCUCAAUGAAAUUAGAUGACUUUUUGCCUGGCAGGCCUUUUGUUUCAUGGUUUGUUUUUCUUUAUCGUCUUUAAAUACUUAAGAAAACCAGGCUCGGUAAAAUAAACACAAAAAAACAUGUCCCUUAACCCUUAAAAUCAAAUGUCUGACAGAAAAAGUGGUCAGAACCAUGUUGUCCAAGAUAAAAAGAGAAAAUGACACGAAGGGCAGCGCCGAGUCGUAUUGUUGUGAAAUGUUAACUGUUGUCUGCAAGUGUGCUCGGACUUUAAUUGGCUGGAACGUUUACACUAAAAUAAAUAAUUUUAAGUAUUACAGGAUGUGAUCAGUUAUUUGUCCCCCCACAUUCUGUUUUUGAGCUCAGUUUGAAAAGUGAGUAGAAAGUGUCAUGCCUUCCUUCAGAUCAGCUGAUCAUCCAUAAAUGCCUUACAAUGGAAGUGGAGCAGAGGCAAUCAGGGCGGGAGUCGACUCCUGCCGGCAUUUGGAAAAGGUGUUGCAUUUUUCUACUUGGAACAAAAAACAACUGUUGCCUUUGUCUUGUGCAAGAAGUUUUACACACUUCAGCUCUUCAGUUACUUUUUUAAUAUGAAUUGCCUGUUUGUUGCAAUGUUUGUCAGUUGAAAGUCCAGGAACUUUAUUUCUUUAUUAAAUCCUCUGUUUACUAAUUACUGCCAUGUCCAAAAUGUGAUGGUUUUAUUUUUCCUUGUUUUUUGUUUUUUCUUCAAACUGGAUUUCCAAUGUCUGCAAUAUUGUGUAUGCCUUUUUAUUUGAUGUCUAACUUAAGACUUGGAUACUUGAUGAUUUUGUGUAUUUGAAAAUGUGUACUAUGUACUAGGUUGGCUAUUUAUACUAUCAAUGGAUGUGUGAUUAAGUACAGUGAGCGACAAAGUUGUACCUGUUCA